UUUUAGGUGCUUUGCUGGCGGUAGAACACGUGAAAGACAACGUCAGCAUUUUUGUGGAAGAAGGAAAAGAGAAUAUUCUUCGUGUGUCUGAAAAUGUGGUCUUCACGGACAUAAACUCCAUCCUUCGCUACUUGGCUAGAGUGGCCAUGACAGCCAGGCUCUACGGCUCUAACCUGAUGGAACACACUGAGAUUGACCACUGGUUGGAGUUUAGUGCCACAAAAUUGUCUUCAUGUAAUUUGUUUCCUUCUGCCAUCAAUGAGCUCAACCAUUGCCUGUCUCUGAGGACAUACUUGGUUGGAAACUCCUUGAGCUUAGCUGACUUAUGUGUGUGGGCCACCCUGAAAGGAAAUGCGGCCUGGCAGGAGCAGCUGCAGCAGAACACGGCUCCGGUUCAUGUAAAGCGCUGGUUUGGCUUUCUUGAAGCCCAGCAGGCCUUCCAGUCAGUGGGCACCAAGUGGAAUGUUUCAGCCGCCAAAGCUAAAGGGGCACCUCAGAAAAAGCCAGAUGUUGGGAAGUUUGUUGAGCUCCCAGGUGCUGAGAUGGGAAAGGUUACUGUCAGAUUUCCUCCAGAGGCUAGUGGUUACUUACACAUUGGGCAUGCCAAAGCUGCUCUUCUCAACCAGCACUACCAGGUUAACUUUAAAGGGAAACUGAUCAUGAGAUUCGAUGACACAAAUCCUGAAAAAGAAAAGGAAGAUUUUGAGAAGGUUAUCCUAGAAGAUGUUGCCAUGUUGCAUAUCGAACCAGACCAGUUUACGUACACCUCGGACCAUUUUGAAACUAUAAUGAAAUACGCCGAGAAGCUAAUUCAGGAAGGGAAGGCGUAUGUGGAUGAUACUCCUGCCGAGCGGAUGAAAGCCGAGCGAGAGCAGCGGACAGAAUCCAAACACAGAAACAACUCUGUUGAGAAGAAUCUGCAAAUGUGGGAAGAAAUGAAAAAAGGGAGCCCGUUUGGUCAGUCCUGUUGUUUGAGAGCAAAAAUUGACAUGAACAGUAACAACGGGUGCAUGAGGGACCCGACACUGUACCGCUGCAAAAUUCAACCUCACCCGAGGACUGGAAAUCGAUACAAUGUUUACCCAACAUACGACUUUGCCUGCCCGAUAGUGGACAGCAUUGAAGGGGUUACACAUGCCCUGAGGACAACAGAAUACCAUGACCGAGAUGAGCAGUUUUAUUGGAUUAUUGAAGCUUUAGGCAUCAGAAAGCCAUACAUUUGGGAAUAUAGUCGGCUAAACCUCAACAACACAGUGCUGUCCAAGAGAAAACUCACGUGGUUUGUAGACGAAGGACUGGUGGACGGAUGGGAUGACCCCAGAUUUCCCACGGUCCGUGGUGUGCUGAGAAGAGGGAUGACCGUUGAAGGCCUGAAGCAGUUUAUUGCUGCUCAGGGUUCCUCGCGUUCAGUUGUGAACAUGGAAUGGGACAAAAUUUGGGCCUUUAACAAAAAGGUGAUUGACCCGGUGGCGCCACGAUACGUCGCGUUACUGAAGAAGGAGGUGAUCCCGGUGCACGUCCCUGGAGCUCAGGAGGAGAUGAAAGAAGUGGCCAAACACCCCAAGAAUCCUGACGUGGGCUUGAAGCCCGUGUGGUACAGCCCCAGAGUUUUCAUCGAAGGUGCCGAUGCGGAGACGUUGUCAGAGGGGGAGAUGGUGACAUUUAUAAACUGGGGCAACAUCAACAUUACCAAAAUACACAAAAACGCAAAUGGAAAAAUUGUAUCUCUUGAUGCCAAAUUGAAUUUGGAGAACAAAGACUACAAGAAAACCACUAAGAUCACGUGGCUUGCGGAGACGGCCCAUGCUCUUCCCAUCCCAGCGAUCUGUGUCACGUACGAGCACUUGAUCACGAAGCCAGUGCUGGGAAAAGACGAGGACUUCAAGCAGUACGUCAACAAGAACAGCAAGCAUGAAGAACUGAUGCUUGGGGACCCCUGCCUUAAGGAUUUGAAAAAAGGGGACAUUAUACAGCUCCAGAGAAGAGGGUUCUUUAUAUGUGAUCAGCCUUACGAACCUGUCAGUCCACAUAGCUGCAGAGAAGCACCCUGUGUCUUAAUAUUCAUUCCUGACGGGCACACCAAGGAAAUGCCGACUUCUGGGUCCAAGGAAAAGACCAAAGUGGAAACACUGAAAAAUGAGACAACGACUCCUGUUAAGGAAAGACCAGCGCCCCCUUUGACUAAUACUAGUGCUGCCUCUGAGGACCCCGUGGUCCUUUACAAUAAGGUGGCUGCCCAGGGGGAUGUGGUUCGGGAAUUGAAAGCCAAGAAAGCAGCAAAGGAAGAUGUCGAUGCAGCUGUAAAACAGCUUCUGGCUUUGAAGGCCGUAUAUAAGGAGAAGACGGGCCAGGAAUACAAGCCUGGAAGUCCUCCGGCGGCGGCGGCACCGGCUGUAUCAUCUCCGUCCUCAGCAAGCCCCCCGGGAGGCAGAUCUCUGUACGAUGAGGUGGCUGCACAGGGGGAGGUGGUGCGAAAGCUGAAAGCGGAAAAAGCCCCUAAGGCUAAAGUCAAUGAAGCUGUCGAGUGCUUGCUCUCUCUGAAAGCUCAGUAUAAAGAAAAGACGGGGCAGGAAUACGUGCCUGGCCAGCCCCCGUUACCUCACGGCUCAGGUUCAAGUCCAGCCAGGAGCUCUGAGCCUUGUGGUCCAGAAACAGCGGAAGCCAAAGUGCUUUUCGAUCAAGUAGCUUCUCAAGGGGAGGUCGUUCGGAAGCUUAAAGCUGAGAAAGCCUCUAAGGACGUGGACGCGGCUGUGCAAGAGCUCCUGCAGCGGAAGGCGCAGUACAAGUCUCUGACCGGCGUCGAGUAUAAGCCCGUCUCUGCCACGGGGGCCGAGGACAAAGACAAGAAAAAGAAAGAAAAGGAAAAUAAAUCCGAAAAGCAGAAUAAGCCUCAAAAGCAAAAUGAUGGCUCAAAGAAAGAGCCCUCUAGAGGCCAGGGCGGUGGUGGGCUGCCACCCAGCGGAGCCGGCGAAGGGCAGGGCCCCCGGAAGCAGACCAGGUUGGGUCUUGAGGCAAAAAAAGAAGAAAAUCUUGCAGAUUGGUAUUCUCAGGUCAUCACCAAGUCAGAAAUGAUAGAAUACUACGAUGUGAGUGGCUGCUACAUCCUCCGUCCCUGGGCCUUUUCCAUCUGGGAGUCCAUCAAGGACUUCUUCGACGCCGAGAUCAAGAAGCUGGGCGUGGAGAACUGCUACUUCCCCAUGUUCGUGUCCCAGAGCGCCCUGGAGACGGAGAAGACGCACGUGGCCGACUUUGCCCCAGAGGUUGCUUGGGUUACAAGAUCUGGCAAAACAGAGUUGGCAGAACCCAUUGCCGUUCGUCCUACCAGUGAAACAGUCAUGUAUCCUGCGUAUGCGAAGUGGGUGCAGUCGCACCGAGACCUGCCCAUCAGGCUCAACCAGUGGUGCAACGUGGUGCGCUGGGAGUUCAAGCAUCCGCAGCCGUUCCUGCGGACUCGCGAGUUCCUUUGGCAGGAAGGGCACAGCGCCUUUGCCACGUUUGAGGAAGCAGCAGCAGAGGUAGGAAGAGUGGUCGUCCUUGCUCAGUUCUGUUCGUGUCCUUUGCUUUGUCCCCCCUGUGCUGCUUUUUCCAGCUGUGAGGAAUGCAGUACGUCUAUUACAGGUGACCGUUCAAUAUGUCACUCUAAGCUGAAAUUCUCCUAUUUCUCUUUAUUUCAGGGAGCAACAUCACAUCAUCUAGGGCAGAAUUUUUCCAAAAUGUUUGAAAUCGUUUUUGAAGACCCAAAGACGCCAGGAGAGAAGCAGUUUGCCUAUCAGAACUCCUGGGGCCUGACCACGCGGACCAUUGGUGUCAUGACCAUGGUUCACGGGGACAACAUGGGCUUAGUGUUACCUCCCCGUGUAGCCUGUGUUCAGGUGGUGGUCAUUCCUUGUGGCAUCACAAAUGCACUUUCUGAGGAAGACAGAGAUGCUCUGAUUGCAAAAUGCAAUGAUUAUCGAAGGCGGCUGCUCAGUGUGAAUAUUCGAGCUCGAGCUGAUUUGCGAGAUAACUAUUCGCCGGGCUGGAAAUUCAACCACUGGGAGCUCAAGGGAGUUCCCAUUAGACUGGAAGUCGGGCCACGUGAUAUGAAGAGCUGUCAGUUUGUGGCCGUCCGACGCGAUACUGGAGAGAAGCUGACGGUGGCUGAAAAUGAGGCCGAGACUAAACUUCGAGCUCUUCUGGAGGACAUCCACGCCAAUCUCUUCAGAAAGGCUUCUGAAGACCUUAAGACUCAUAUGGUGGUGGCAAAUUCAAUGGAGGACUUCCAGAAGCUGCUGGAUUCUGGAAAGAUUGUUCAGAUCCCAUUCUGUGGGGAAAUUGACUGUGAAGACUGGAUCAAGAAGACCACGGCCAGGGAUCAGGAUCUGGAACCUGGUGCUCCAUCCAUGGGAGCCAAAAGCCUUUGCAUCCCCUUCAAACCUCUCUGUGAGCUGCAGCCUGGAGCCAGAUGCGUGUGCGGCAAGAACCCUGCCAAGUACUACACCUUGUUUGGGCGUAGUUACUGAGGACAAAGCCAUGGCCCUAUCUCCAACCCUCUGCACUUUUUAAAAAAUUGAUACUAAUAUCUUCCCAGAUACAGAGUUUUAUGAUUUUUUAAAAUAAAACUUCAAAAGAGGCCACAUGAGAUAAACACUGUUCUUAUGUCUCAAGUAACAGUGGAAAAAAGACUUUUCUGUAAACCACCCCAGUAAUAAAUACCAUGAAUUCAUUCA